UGCAUCCGGGCCCGCCCCCAGGGGUCGCUAGGACCGGAAGCUUCCCAGAGCUGGGCGCUUCCCGGGGUUUCUCCCGACGGCGGCACGCCAGUCCUUCCUUCCCUGCCUGAAGUCUUAUUUAAGGAGUGUCCAUAAGAAAACCUCCUCAGUCUUAAGGAGGAAGGCUGAACUGUCCUGACCUAUUGCCAGUCAAAAUGUCUGCAAAAUUGAGAGAGUCUUCCACUUGCCUUCCACAAAGUCCAGAGGACCCUGACAGGUUUCUGAUAGUGAAGAUGGAAGAAGAAGAGCAGAUGUGUGAUCCAGACUCCCAUCUCCACCAGGGUAGCUGCUAUACCCCAGAGACCUGCCGCCUGCAGUUUAGGCAGUUUGGUUACUCAGACUCCUCUGGUCCCCAGGGGACUCUGAGCCAGCUCCGGGAACUUUGUCAUCACUGGCUGAGGCCAGAGGUGCACACCAAGGAGCAGAUCCUGGAGAUGCUGGUGUUGGAGCAGUUCCUGGCCAUCCUGCCCCAGGAGCUGCAGGCCUGUGUGAAGAAGCACCAACCAGAGAAUGGGGAGGAAGCUGUGACUCUGCUGGAGGAGCUGGAGAGAGAAGCUGAUCAACCAGAUGGGCAGGUCAUUUUUGCAAGAAGAAAAGACAUGAUGGCAGAGAAGCUGGCACCUUGGGAAAUCACUCAGGAAUUUCCGAGUAGCUGGCUGAAGCCCUUGAAAAAGCAGCUUCAGUGGGCAUCGUGGGAGCCGCACUCCAUAAGACAGCAUGAUGAAGACACCAGAACUAUAAAUGUGAAAUCUGCCUCAAGGCAGAAAACCUCCUCAGACACAGAACUGCACAGUGAUGUGUCUAACCCCCUUCAUAUGAAUGCCUACCAGAAUUUCACAUCUCAAGGAACCUGGGAACAAGAUGGCAGGUUUUCAAGAAGACAGGAAAACCCUGCUCGAAAAAAGCAACAUAAAUGUGAUCAAUGUGGCAAAGUCUUUAGUCAGAGCUCAGCCCUUAUUUUACAUCAGAGAAUUCAUAGUGGAGAGAAGCCUUAUGCAUGUGAUGAGUGUGCAAAGGCUUUCAGCCGAAGUGCAAUUCUGAUUCAGCAUCAAAGAACCCACACUGGAGAAAAACCCUUUAAGUGUCAUGACUGUGGCAAGGCCUUUAGUCAAAAUUCCAAUCUUUUUAGACAUAGGAAAAGACAUAUAAGAGAGAAAGUCCCAUCAGUAUCAUAGGGAUCCAAAGCAUUUGAGUUUUUGCAGAACAAGAAAAGACAGAAGGCACAAACAUUCCUUCAGUAUGAAUCAAUGGUUAUAAUGGACACCAGUUCAUUUCAAGGGCCAUAAAAGCCACAGGAGAGAAGGAAGAAUAUCUCAUGUCAGCAUUACUUGCCUUUCUGCUUAUUGUCAAUUCUGAUCUUUGAGAUUCCAAAACGUAAUUCAAUUUCCAUUCCUAAGCAGGCUUUGAAAAGACAUUUUCAGAUGUUUUCUACUAUUCCCAAUUUUAACUAAAAUAAUGAAGUAGUAUGCUUAUGACUUUUUAAAAAUAUGUAUUUUCCCAGUUGAGAAGACAUGUAUGUGUUACUCAGUAUAACAGGUAUUUUUCUUCAUUUCAUAACGUGAGCACUAGAAUUCUAAGGGCUAAAAAUUAAACCACUCUUUAAAAUUUGUCCUAUUUUAUCUUUGGUUAACAGAUUCACAAUAUGAUAAUAGUAUUGAGGGCAAAAGAAUAUAUAGCUCACAAACAAAGCUGAAGUGUCUACAGUCAUUGUUAGGAGGUAGACAAAUAAAAUCACUUAAUAUCUUAUGAGGGCCAAGGAUGUAGCUCAGUGGCGCAGCACCUGCCUGGCAAGUACGAGGCCCUGAGUUUGAUUUAUGGUACCAAAAAAAAAAAAACUUAUGAGAGCUCUACACACUUAAUGAUACUAAGUAAUUUCCUGUGCUGGAAAAAGUAGUCCUUUUUAUAGUGUAGAUAAUUAAUAACUGAAUGGAAACAUUAAAAUGAUUGUAUGUCUUUAAGGAAUGAUAUGAAUUUAAGGAAUGUUUUCAUAAUAAGCAAGACCAUUCUGGGAUGCUUGAUAGAGUGAGAUCAUAGUAUAAAGAAAGAGAUAAGAAACAAGACCAUCCAAAACUGUAAGACUGACGUAGCACAAAUGCUGCCAAGUGCAGUAAUGAGAAGUGUACCACAGCUCACCUGAGAGAACAAGUCCUUAACUCCUGGAGACUAUUCUUCCUUCUUCUUUGUGUAUAUUUUUCUGUCAUAAGUCAACUGUAAAUAUGUUUCAGGCACCAUAAGACAGCCUUUUUGGGGUUAGUGAGGAGAACAAUUAUAAUCAGGACACAGAAUUUAUAACAUUAUUUUAUGAUGGCCACCCAGAGUUAAACACAGAAAUUGAAGGAAAUUUGUCCACAAUACUAAAGACCCAUAAUAUUCAGCCAACAGCCUGGAUCUCACAGCAAUGCCCUCUAUGAGUCCAGAUGAAAACCUAGAGUCCAUGACAAUACCUCCCACAAGUCCAACUGGAGGUCUAGAGGCCAGAAGAAGGGUUCACACCAGUCUUUUUCACAAAUCUGCAUUGAGAAGGCCCAAAGGUCAGUAGUGGAAGCUAGAAAGUCUGUGCCAGUGGGGUGAAGGAGCUGUGCUGGUAGGGUGACGGUUCUACACUGGAGCCGAGAAGUCACACUCAAAGACCAGGACUGCCCUAAAAAGCAUCAUAGCCAUCCUCAGCAACAUGGAGGUCCGGGGCUUGUCUGAUGACAAGGACAGUCAAGUACAUGCCAGGAAGCCAGUGUGCCAAGUUUCUCCUUAAGGUUAAACAGCACAUGUCUUCCCCUCCAGAGCUAGGAAGCAAUGCUUGAUGUCAGGAUCAAAGUUCCCCCAAAGUGAACCACAGUUACUCUCACCAACAUGGUCCCAAGCUCCUCUGAUGACAAUGAUCAAACCCACACUGGGGAAGCUAGUCAUGAUGAGCUCCAGGAGAAUCAAAGGCUCAAACAGCAGCACUUACGAGAAACCCACAAUGCCUCACUCUUCACGUCUCUUUUUAUGCUGGCAACUUUCCUCAGGUGGGACAUCUACACUCAGCACCAUGCUGAUUUAAUUCAGCUGACAUUAAGUUGACCAUCAGUUUUUAACCCAUAACAGUCAUGAAACAAGAGUUUGAUGCUUUUUACAAUUGAAAUCCCAAAAGCAGGUUAAAGAGUCCAUCACAGACUCAUAAAUAAUUGUUCAAAUCCAACUUUUCUAUUUCAUAGGUUUUAAGACAUUUUAAUGUAUCAUCUAUAGGAUGUAAAUAGCUAGCUCUAUCCUUAUUUAAUUCAGAUUCCCCACUUAAAAUGGCAGUCUUGUAUAUUGUUUAAAUUAGUCUGAUGAUAUACAGUAAAAUGUUCUGUUUUCUAGGAAUUCUUCAUACAUGCAUCACAAUUUUAGUAUAUGUGCUACCAAAGCGAACACAGAAAAUGUGUCGCAAUACACAUGUUGUUUUGUCUUUCCUGGAGGCAUAGUUAGCUGUGAUGAAAGCUGACCCCAGAAGUGAAAGUCUUUGAAAAAGGAAGAGGCUUGUAGGCUUGUUGGUGGGUUCCUGAUAAAGUGUAAUAUUUCAUUCUCAGAAAAUCUGGCCAUAUGUAGUGCCCAAAGUAACUCCAGAAAUGAAUGUGGAAUUGGCCUCUGCUUAGUUUCCUGAUAAAUGUAAGAUGAAUAAUGUGAGACAAAUAAAUGAAACACUAUACAUUA